AUGAAUGUUGACCAACUGAGUCGACUCGAGGAAAAUACUCCUAGUUCUUCCAUUUACUUCCUUCACGGCUUCACCUCUCCCCCUUCUUUUUCUUCUACAAUUCGUUCUCACAUAACCCAAAGUCCCUCUUCUCUCCUUUCUUUCCCUCUAAGCAAAGCCCCACUUUCUCCCUUUCUCUUAUGUUUUCAAACGCUUGACUGCACCCAAUACCGGUCCUACUCCGGGCCAAACCUAAAUGCAGCCGUCCACUGCCGCCACUACCACCUGCAAGCAAUCACUACCACCGCCGCCCGCUCCACCACCAGACAAACCACCGCAAACUUUUCUAGACCUAAUCACAGGCGUCCUCUCUCUUCUCCUUGUCUCCUCCCUCACCGUCCGAUCAUUCAUCGGACGCUGGCAAGUCCUCCGCACAAAACUCACCUCUCUUCAAUCUUCACUUUCCUCUCUCGCCGAUUCUCCUCAUUGGGCUCAAAAUCCUCUCCUUCACACUCUCCUACCUUCGCUUCUCUCAACUCUCCAACGCCUCCACUCUCUCUCUCACCAAUGUACUCUCUCCUCUUUUCCCGGCGGGAAACUUCUUUUUCAGAGCGAUCUCGAUAUCGCUUCCUCCUCUCUCUCCAAUCAUCUCCAUGACCUCGAUUUGCUUUUAAAGUCUGGAGUUCUUCAUCAAUCAAAUGCUAUUGUUCUUUCUCAUCCUGGCCCCAGUUCAGGCAAAGAGGAAUUAGCUUUUUUUGUUAGGGAUCUUUUUACCAGAUUACAAAUCGGCGGUGUUGAGUUUAAAAGGAAAGCGUUAGAUUCGCUUCUUCAGAUUUUAAACGACGAUGAGAAAUCUGCGAGUUUAGUUGCUAGAGAAGGAAAUGUUGGGUGUUUGAUUAGUUUACUCGAUUCGAACAAUCAGCGUUUGAUUCAAGAGCAAGCGGUCUUUGCCGUUUCGAUAGUAGCUUCAGUAAGCGAUGAAGCGAGAAAAACUGUAUUCGAAGAAGGAGGAUUAGGGCCAUUGUUGAGAAUCUUAGAUACGGGGUCUAUGCUUUUAAAAGAAAAAGCUGCAAUUACAAUUGAAGCCAUCACUACGGAUCCAGAGAAUGGGUGGGCGAUUUCAGCAUACGGCGGCGUUUCAGUUUUGAUUGAAGCGUGUCGAUCUGGAUCGGAAGUAGCAAAGACACAUUCGGUUGGUGCUAUUCGAAAUGUUGCGGCUGUGGAGGAUAUCAAAAUGGCUUUAGCAGAGGAAGGUGCUGUACCAGUUCUAGUUAAUUUACUCUUUUCGGGUUCUUGUGCUGCACAAGAAAAAGCAGCACACUGUGUGGCGAUUCUUGCUUCUUCCGGUGAGUAUUUCCGGUCACUGAUAAUUCAAGAAAGAGGAUUACAGAGAUUAAUGGAUUUAAUACAAAUUUUGCCUAGUUCAGAAACGACUGAGCACAUUUUGCGUUCAAUUAGUUUUCUCUCAGUCUCAGAUUCCAUUUCUAGAAUUCUAUCAUCAUCAACAUUAUUCAUUAUUCGCCUCGGCGAAUUUAUCAAGCAAGGGAGUCUAUUUUUGCGACAAAUCUCUCUAUCAUUACUUGCUAGUCUAUCAAUAAGCGAUGGCAACAAGCGAGCAAUUUCUGGCUGCGUAGCUUCAUUGGUUAAGCUAAUGGAAUUGCCAAAGCCUGCCGGUCUACAAGAGACGGCGACGGUUGUGUUGGUGUCGUUAUUGGCUGUGAAAUCGAAUAAGAAAGAAUUGGUGAGAGACGAAAAAAGUAUAAUGAAAUUAGUGCAGAUGUUGGAUCCAAAACAUGAACUGGUUGCCAAGAAGUUCCCGGUGAUGGUGGUAGCGGCUCUAAUGAGUGGAGGAAGUGGUGAAUGUAGGAGGAGACUUAUGGAUGCCGGAGCUUACCAACAUUUGCAGAGAUUGGCGGAGAUGGACGUCGCCGGAGCUAAGAAGGCGUUACAGAGACUUACCGGUAAUAAGCUAAAGAAUAUAUUCUCCAGGACUUGGAGGGAAUAAUCACAAAAGUAACUAACCCCCGCCAACAAAAGGAGUCUGUUUGGAUUUUCUAACUGUCCAAGAGUGAAGAAACUUCUUUUGUGGACAAAAAAGCAGCAAGCAACAAACACACACCUCGUAUACUCCAACCUUUUCCUUUUUACUUUUUAUUUAUAUUAUAUAUAUAUAUAUAAAUUUAUGUUGUUAACACAUGAUGUCAUAAUCUAUUAAAUUCUAAAAUACAUAUGAAAAUGUCCUAAUAUAUUAGAUUAUCAUAUAGCAAAAGAAAAGCAUGGAUGCGGGUUUUAGGGAGUAUCCUCAAUUGCUUUGGUUAAUUUCUCAGAUUUUUUUUAUCUUAUUAAUUCAAUCAUGAAGCUUGUAAGGGAGGUUAUGAUGAUUGUCCCUUGUAUCUUGUCUUUUUUUUAUCAACUUUUUUUUUUUUUUUUUUUUGAUAAUGUAUAUCCCUAAAGAGUCAUUGUUUGUUUUUAUCUGUAAUAGCUAUGGAUAUUGGACUUUAAAGAAAAGUGUGAAUGCUAUGGAUUGUUCAUCUUUUGUU